CGGUGCAGCACGAGCGGGGCCCCCGGACGUCGACAAUACGGAAGCAGGUGGCCCUCUACUUCCGUGGGCACAAGGAGGAGAGCAGUGGCGCCCCGCAUUUCCCUGCUGCCGCCCUGCCGGCACCCGCUUUCUUCACCGCUGUCUCCCAGCUGGAGCCCCACGGCCUGGAGCUGGCCACCGUCACCGGCACCCCUGAGAGGCAGGCUCUGGUGGGCCUGGCACAGCCCACCCCGAAGUACCCACAUGAAGUCAACGGUACCCCUAUGUAUCUCUACGAAGUGGCCACUGAAUCCGUCUGUGAGUCAGCAGCCAGACUCCUGUUCAUGAGCAUCAAAUGGGCCAAGAGUGUCCCAGCCUUCUCCACCUUGUCCUUACAAGACCAGCUGAUGCUUUUGGAAGAUGCUUGGAGAGAACUGUUUGUUCUAGGAAUAGCACAAUGGGCCAUUCCAGUUGAUGCUAACACUCUACUGGCUGUAUCUGGCAUGAAUGGUGACAAUACAGAGUCUCAGAAGCUGAACAAAAUUAUUUCAGAAAUACAGGCUUUACAGGAGGUUGUGGCUAGAUUCAGACAACUUCGGCUAGAUGCUACCGAAUUUGCCUGUCUCAAAUGCAUUGUCACUUUUAAAGCUGUUCCUACACACAGCGGUUCCGAACUGAGGAGCUUCCGAAACGCUGCCGCCAUCGCAGCCCUUCAAGACGAAGCCCAGCUCACCCUAAACAGCUACAUUCAUACCAGGUAUCCCACACAACCCUGUCGCUUUGGAAAACUUUUAUUGCUGUUACCAGCUUUACGUUCGAUUAGCCCGUCCACGAUAGAAGAAGUGUUUUUCAAAAAGACCAUUGGGAAUGUACCCAUUACAAGACUGCUCUCAGACAUGUACAAAUCCAGUGACAUAUAAAUUACCUUCAAAUAAACCAUCAGGAUGGACAGUUUGAGACGAACUUUUACCUUACGGAGAAUAAGCCUCAACUAACAAAACCUACAGGAAGCAUAAACCUGGGAAUGUUUAGCCUUUAAACCCGUUGACAAAAAAAUACCCCAGUAGAUAUGAUUCUGCUGCUCUGAACAGAGGGAUUUAGAUCACGGAGAGAAUGCUUUGUUCUAGAAAAAGUGAAAGUGGUUGGAAUUUGGCUGCUAUUCCUGUUACUACAGGAUGGAGGCAAUUCAGAUGCCAGUCAUAGUUAACAAAGACUCCGCUAUUCUCUCGUUUAACUGGCAGAUCUGAGACAAAAUGUGAAAGAAGGUACUUUAGUUUGUUCAGUAUUUGGAACUGGGUGACCAAACUUGGCUUCUGUUGUGAGAUGCGGCGGCCUUCAGAACUGGUUUAAAAGUAGCCUACGUUGGGAAAAUGUUUUUAAUACGAUAGGCAACAUUUAAGACCGGGUUACCAAAACAUUGCUUCUGCUAUAAUACAUCAUGAAGUGGCCUUCAGAACUGAUUAAAAAGCAGCUUACGACGGCGGCUCCAUUCUUCCUGCAAAAGGAACUGGUGAUCUUUGAUGUCUGGUUAACAUCUCGAAGACAGAAGAGCUUUAUACACUUCCUUCCCCGACCUUCCCUCCUCCUUCUUCCACGCGCACAGAGGCACGCCUUCACACACCUGAAAAGCUCCACGUCAAGAAAGGAAGGCUAAACCAGCAAAACCAAAUACAAGGGAGAUGACCGUGUGGGUGACCUGCUGGCUGUCCUUUUGGCACAGCCCUGAAACCAA